AUCUUUUAAACCUAAUUAGUCCAUGAUUGGACAUUAGUUGUUAAAUAAUAAUGAAAUUUGCUACAGUAUCAAAAUCCAAAUUUUUCACGAACUAAACACGGCCUUAGUAAGAAUAGUUGGCCAGGUGCGGUCGAACACCAGGGGCAGGCCCAGAGGGUAUUUAUGUGUUUAGGGUUCGAUGGUAAUUAAGAACACACUUGCCAAAAAAAAAAGUAGUGUUAAACCAGUUAGUUUUUCGUAGGUUUUGGAUUUUGGAUACCCACUCUUCCAAUCUCUACGAGGAUCGCGUCUUGGGGCUUUCAACUUUUGAUCUUUUGCUCCUGUCAACGUCGGGGGAGAAUUAAAGGACGAUCCGCGAGGUGAUAUUGUGCAUUCGGCGAUGUACUCAUGUAACAUUUGUCGGACCCUGCCUCCUCCUUUAAUUUCGGUAGAUAGCUACUCUGAUGAUUAGGGUUGACUCUUUGACUUAGUAUAAGGGGAGGAGCCAGGAAUUUGUUUUUUCAUUAUUAGGAAGUGCCAACCAUGUUAAUCUAUAGAAAAAUUUAAUCAAAAUUCAAAUGUUCAAUGAAAAUUUGGGGACCAUAGGGGGGCCAGGCCCCUGCCCCCUGUCUACGCCCCUGUUAGUAUAUGUGCCCAUUUUCUGAGUAGGACGCACGAUGUAUGUUGAGACCAAAGCACAUAUUGAUCUUUGUCCUGAUUUUUUCGAUCUCAACAUGCAUGAUCAGUAUGCACUACUGUAAAACGUUCAUAGGGAUAAAGUUCCAUGCAUGCGCCCAAAAGGGGUGUGUGUGCAUGCACGAAGGCGAUCGUCUACGUCGAUAGCAUGCAUGUUUCCGAUCGAUCAGUAUACUCCUACCCACGCAUUGCAUGAGGGGCCCCAGGUGAAGUCGCACGUUUCCCGGUAACCUAAGAGCAUCUCCAAGAGCUCUUGUAUAUUAGAUGAUAUAGCUAAAUAAACAAAAAGAAGUCCAAAAACCCCCAUCCAACAGAUCUUGUAUCGAUGUCCUUUUGUAUCCGAGUUUUGUAUCGCUGGACCUCCGCUUUGCAUCUUUGGCCAGCGCUGGGCGCUCGGCAUCCCCCGCCUCCCGCGCAUUGACCUCCGCUCCCGCAUGGAUUUGGGCUGCUCCCGCGCCGGUUGCUCGAUUCCACGCGCGCAGCGCUUCUUCCCGUGCGUAUUUGGCCGCCCCUUCUUCAUCAGCACUCGCGCAUCCGCCAGUGCCUUCCCAGCCUGCGGCACCUCUUCUACCGGCGCAACCACUCGCGUGCCCUCUUCUGCCGGCGCCUCCCCUGCCCUGCGGGGUGCCGUAUCCUCUUCUGCCGCCGCCAUCCCAACCUGCGCCGUAUCCCCCUGCCCUCGUCUGCUGCAGUCGCGCGGCCAAGGUAGAACAAACCGGCGCCGCCUCGUUCCCCUGUCUCGGUGCCGCUGUCGUCACCAUGUCCUGGCCGCCGCGUUCCCAUGCCUUAGUGACUGGAGAACCUGUAUUCCGCCUCGAUGCUGCUGCAUGGUCAUUCCCUGGGCAGCAGGUCGCGCAAGGAUUUGAGGAUCAGGAGGCCAUACGCGAUGACGGAACGGAGUUCGCCGACGACUUGAACACUGGUAAUCAAUUUCUGGUCAUAUGGUUCUCUGAGAUUAGGAAUUAUUGAUGUUCUUGGUUAACGAAUUUGUGAUGGGGUAUGGAUGAGUAGCAAUACCUGGUAGGGAUAGGGUGAUUGAAUUAUGUUGGUUGCUAUUCUGUGUACUAGCCACAUAAACAUGACUUCUCUGAGAUUAGGAAAGGGGUGAUUGGUCGUAGGAGUAGGUCAAUGCGGCCGCCGCAUUGUUCCUGAAGUAGUAGGAGCAAACCUUUUGUUACUAGUAAAGGGGUGAUUGGUUUUCCCACGAUUGCAGAGUCACUACCAGAAAUCCCUAGACGAGCUUUGGCAAAGCAAUUUGUUUGUAGUUUUGUGACCCGAUGUGCUAUCUGAUUUCUAGUUAGUUUAAUAUGUUAUUUAUGAAUCUUGAACUGACAAUCUGAUACUGCCAUGCUUGUGUUGCUGAAACUUUUCGAAGGCUAUUUAAUGCUGCUAUUUAAUUUUAUAUGCAUGUUGUUUUAUUAUCUUUAUGUACAAGCAUUUCAAUCAUAGUAUGCUAUACCAUGAUUAUCUUGGCAUUGUAUAUAUGUGAUUUUAUCUCCUGUAUGUUGUUGACCUGUCUGCUGCUCGAUUUAUCUCUAAAUUCUGUAUACACUUUAUUCAGAUUUAGUUUAGUAACAAGUAAUUCCAAUAUGACAUCAUGGGGACUCCACACAUAUUUGAUUUGGCAUUUUGGCAUCUCAGCAUUCCUCAUUUUUUAGAUGCCUCAUAAAUAUUCUUGCAUUCCUUUUUUUCUGAGAGAGCAGGCUAGCAGUCCAUGAUUUGGCACUGGUUUACUAGGUUUUGUCCUGUUUACUAGGUUUUCCUGUUUAGAUUGUCCUAUUUUACCUUGGCUCUGGUAGGAAUAGGGUGAUUGAGUUCUGAAUUUCCCUUGCUGUUGUAUUCCUCAUAAUUCAGAAACCUAUUAGUACUGAAUUUCCCUUGUUGUUGCUUUCCCCACCAUCAUGUGAUCUUGUUUAUUGUUUAUGGUCUUGUUAUGGCAAGUGAUAUGGGUUCAGGAUCAUAUUUUAGUGACCUCAUAAAUUUGCCUGUCCAAGAGUCUCAAGAUCAUGGUCCUGCAGUAGCUAAAGGAUCCCAGGGAAGAACAAAAAAUUUUAGAGAUGAUGAGGACAGACUUCUUGUGUCUGCUUGGCUAAAUGUGGGCAUGGAUCCUAUUCGAGGAGCUGAUCAAUCACAAACCUCCUAUUGGGCAAGAAUCUAUGAAUAUUUCCAUACUAACAAGUCAUUCGAGUCAGAUCGUACACAAGGUUCUUUAAUGAAUCGAUGGUCCACUAUACAACAUGAUGUCAAUAUUUUUUGUGGAUGUGUGACCAGGAUUGAGGAUAGAAAUCAGAGUGGUUGCUCAAUUGAUGACAAGAUUGCAGCAGCAUGUGCAUUGUUUAAGGCAGAAGACAAGAAACAUAGGAAUUUUGCCUUAAUGCAUUGCUGGAGAAUUCUGAAGGACCAGCCCAAGUGGAUGGAAAGACGCAAGCAAAUUGGAGGACCAAAAACAACUAGUAACAAGAAACAGAAGACAAAGGAAAACUCAUCUCCGUCAUCACUUGUACCCGUACCCACAAAUGCUAGUAGCGGUGCAAAUGAAGCACCGGCUCAAGAUUCUUCAAAAAGACCGGAUGGAACCAAGAAGGAGAAAAAGAAGCUACGCCAACGUUCGACCAUCGAAGCAUUGGACUAUCUUGCGGCAAAGAUAAAAGAUGCUGAUGCUCUGAAAGAUUUGAAGAAAGAAGAGAGAUGCAACAAGGCCUUUGCUCUGCGGGAGGAAAAGAUCAAGUUGGAGAGAGAUCUGCAGGUGGAAAAGAUGAAGUUGGAGAGAGAGAAAUUUGAGUUUGAAAGAGAGCUGGAAGAGGACAAAAUUAUUGCUAUGGAUUUGAGCACAAUGACCUUUGAGGAACAGCAGUAUUUCCAAUAUCGUAAGAAUAAGAUUCUAGAAAGGCGUUUGAAUAUCUAGAUUUCUUCACAAUUUAGUUCAGGUGCAGUUAUGAAACUAUUUAGGUCAGGUUUAAGUUCAAUUUAAUUCAGUCUAGCGUUGUUUACCUUUGUCGGUCAUGAAACUGUUUUUAUCAUCUGGAUGCCCUGGCUACUUUUGUUUGCGAGCUAUGGGUGUAACUAUUUUGUUCCGGUGAAGGUUUGCUGCUACUUGAAUCGUCUGCUGAUCCUGUGUGCCCUCAUUCUGUCAAAAGUGAACCUGUGUCCAUGUGUCUGUC